AUGCGCCCCGAGAUACACCUCUUCGGGGGCCAGGGGUCCCAGGGUCUCUACGCCGGGGCCGCCCUCAUGGUCGCAAGAAAAGACGCCGAAACAUGUCCGUCCGCGCAGGAGCUCCUCUUCCAGUGCCAUGCUAGUCUUGUUCAUGACUGUGUUUCAUUUUCCCGAGACGACCCAACCAUUCUCGAAUACAUCAAGGCCCUCCCUUCUGCGGCCUCCCUCCUGUCACCUCCUAGUGACGUCCAGCGCCUGCCAGCCAUACAGGGCGCGAUGCUAUGUCUGUACCAGCUAUUGCGCGUGCUAGGCUGCUUGCCAGAAGGUUCGCCUUCGAGCUAUCAAGAGGCAAUCGGCCGUAUACGGGAGACUAUCGGCUUUUGCAGUGGCAUUCUCCCGGCUGUUGUUCUGGCCGCCUCUCCCACCCUGGAAGCGUUUGUCAAAAAUGGCGUAAACGCGUUUCGGGCGGCAUUCUGCAUAGGAUAUCAUGCCGGCUCAUAUUCAAGCGGGCUCUGCGACGAUGCUCGGCCAUGGGCAGUCGCUAUAGCAGGACUCAAUUACGCAGGGGUAUUAGAGGAGCUGUCUGACUUCAACAGGAGCAGUCAGGUGCCGCUCUCUGCUGCCAGCAGCCUUCGGCCAUCGUAUGUCACCCUCAGCGGACCGGGCCCACAGCUGGACGAGUUCGUGGCGCGGUUGCCCAACACCUGUCAUGUUCGCCCUGUCUAUGUCUAUGCGUACUACCACGGCGGAGAGCAGAUGCGGCACGUAGCCGCACGCGUGCUGCAGGAUCUGCAGAGGCUGGAAAUCACGAUGCCGCGGGAGAGUGAUUUGGUGCUUGAUCUUCGCGAUUCUUCCGACGGUUCAGUGGUGUCUUCGACUAGCGGCACAUCACCCACGCUGGCUAUCAGGAUCGUCGAAGCGAUCUUAGUUCGACCUGCGGAUUGGCCGCUGGCUUUGGGUCGCAUGGCUGCGGAUCUCGAGAAGGAUGCAAUGUCUCACGAUGCCCCGACUGCCGUGAGAGCAGUAUCUUACGGUCCCUUCACUAACCUCAUGCUUGCGGAUUUCCGAAUAACCUCACCAGCCAUGACGCUGGGCAAAGCUGACGUCGCUCACGAGAGCCCAGAGACGCAACUGGCGGCUAACUUCGAACCCAGCGAAAGAGACAUUGCAAUCGUUGGUAUGGGACUCGACUUUCUCAGCGGAUCUGACCAGAAUGACUUCUUCCAAUCAUUGUUUGAUAUGAAGAGCUUUGCCAAAGAGGCUCCGGAAGACCGGCUUCUGACCCCAAGGGCUCAGCGGUCAAGCAAACCCACACCCGUUCACGGCAACUUUCUGGCCAACCCGUGGGCAUUCGAUCAUAAGCUCUUCGGCGUCCCUCCGCGGGAAACAGAAUUCAUGGAUCCCCAGCAACGCGUCAUACUGCAGUGUGCCUACCAUGCUUUGGAGCACGCUGGCUACGUUCCUGAUACGACGAGCUGUUCCCGACAGGAAACAUUUGCAUGCUACGUGGCGAUGGCGACCGUGGACUAUGCGAAUCGCCUUCGGGAUGAUACAGAUGUCUACUACAGCACGGGGAACCUCCGAGCGUUUGCCAGCGGAAGACUGUCGUAUUACUUCGGCUUCGGCGGGCCUUCUGUCGUCCUUGACACCGCCUGCUCAGGCUCACUGGUUGCUAUCCACAGUGCCUGCCAGGCCUUGAUUACCAGAGACUGCAAUGCCGCUCUUGCUGGGGGCGUGAAUGUCAUCUACGGACCAGAGAUGCAGCAGGGGCUCGCCAGGUCGCAUUUCCUCAGCCCGAGUCAGCAAUGCCGCCCCUUCGAGGCUGCCGCCGAUGGCUACUGCCGAGGAGAGGGCUGUGGAAUGUUUGUGCUCAAGCGCUUAUCCGAUGCAAUAUCAGGGAACGAUCGGAUAUUAGGCGUUAUCAAGGGAAGUGCUAUCAAUCAGUCCGGCACAGCCCAUUCUAUCACGCAUCCGCACAGCAUGACACAGCAGAUCCUCAUAGAACGCGCUCUGGAGCGAGCGGCGAUACUUCCCGAGUCAAUAGGGGUUGUCGAGGCCCAUGGAACAGGCACCAAGGCCGGUGACCCUGUUGAGUUCGAAGCCAUCUCGGACGCGUUAGCCGCAGGCCGCACGAGGGCAGCCUCUUUGUUCAUCAGCUCCAUCAAGGGCAGCAUCGGCCACGCAGAAGCAGCAUCGGCAGGUUUGGACACAAUUAACCCCGAGAUCGCGCGCCUACUGAAUGAUCAUACGGUCAUCCCCCGGGAGGCAACACAAUGGCCAAGGCCAUAUGCGCGUUACCCACGGCGUGCGCUCCUCAACAACUUCGGAGCGGCUGGGUCCAACGCAUGUUUGAUCCUCGAGGAUUUUAUUCCCAAGUCUGAUCAAAGCCGCGCCCUCUCUGGGGGGUCCCAUAUUGUGGCGAUCUCUGCGAAGAACAAGGAUGCCUUUAAUCGUGCGAAAGGGGCCCUGCUACGUUCUUUGCACCACCGAAAACUAGAACAAGGUAUCCAAGAUAUUUCGUACACCAGCCUCCGGCGCACGCUCCUCGAGACCCGGUUGAUAGUCACCGUCAAAUCGACGCAGCAGCUUAUUCGAGUUCUUGAAGACCCAAAGACCCUGCCGCAGCAGCAUCCAUUUGGCCACGAACGCCCCAGAGUUGUCUUUGUGUUUUCCGGCCAGGGUUCUCAACACUAG